AUGGACCUUGAGGCAAAGGAUGGCCUGCUCGCUUCCAGUCAGCCGGCCACCUCUGAUGGGAACUCUGCCCUGGACUGCAGUACUUGUUCAUGUCAAAGCGACAUACCUCCUCCUCGGCGCCUGCAGCGCGGUGCAGACACCCCUGUCCUGGCCCGCGGCCAGCCGGGACACCAGCCGCAAGCUCGCCAGCAGCAGCAACCUCCACAGAGCAAACCACCAGAGUAUUUACCCAGCUUCUUGGUCACCAAAGGCAAGGUGUUCAGCCGGUGCGAGCUGGCUCGUGUGCUCCAGGAAGAGGGGUUGGAUGGCUACAGGGGAUACAGCAUUGCCAACUGGCUGUGCAUGGCCUUUUGCGAGAGCAGCUUCAACACCGCAGCGCAGAGCGUCAAAGCGGAUGGCAGCACUAACUACAGCAUCUUCCAGAUCAACAGCCAGCUGUGGUGUACCGACGAAUGCAGCCCCUCGGAUAACCAAGCCACGCUUCUCUCUGCGGAUCUGCUAUCGAGUAACAUCAGUGAUGACACAAUCUGUGCCAAAAGAAUUGUGAGACACCCACAGGGAAUGGAUGCCUGGGAGGGCUGGGCAAUGCACUGCAAGGGAUGAGCCCUGUCUGAGUGGGUGGAAGGAUGUGAGCUGUGA